AUGUAUAUACAUGUUUUAGCAUUAGAUAAACUUGGGUUUUCCGAUUACCAUGCUGAAGCAGAAGCUGUUUUAAAAGAUUGCAAAGCGGUGGCUGCUAAACGAAGACGACAAAGUACGAGAUUAGAAAACUUAGGAAUUCCAGAGGAAGAGCUUCUUAGACAACAACAAGAAUUAUUUGCCAAAGCUAGGCAGGAACAAGCCUUUGCUGAACAACAACAGUGGGAACAAUUGCAAGCAGCAGCACAGCAAGCGCAAGCAUCUGUUUUGUCCACAAAUGAUGACCAAGAUGAUUAUUCUUGA